GCGCUGAACGCGUCAGGAUGGCGGUUGGCCUGUUUUCGGUUAAACACUUCUGGAGAGGAGAGACAAGUUCAGGGCUGCUUGGGGAAAAUGGAGGCUGCUGAGGCCCCUGCUGUCCCCAUUACCUCUGCGCAGUAAUUCUCGCCCUCCUCCUCCUCCUCAGUACAGCUAGGCCUGGGCUGGGGGAGAGGGCACUGCAGGUGCGGCUGGUGUCAAGGAACCGCUUUCUGAGAGAAGAAACGGACUACAAAAGAAAAUGAAACUUUUUUCAGAGUCACACAAAACAGUUUUUGUGGUAGAUCACUGCCCUUAUAUGGCAGAAUCCUGCAAACAGCAUGUUGAGUUUGACAUGUUAAUAAAGAAUCGGACGCAAGGAAUCAUACCACUUGCACCUAUAUCUAGAUCACUAUGGACUUGUUCAGUGGAAUCUUCCAUGGAAUAUUGUAGAAUAAUGUAUGAUAUAUUUCCUUUUAAAAAACUAGUGAACUUCAUUGUAAGUGAUUCUGGAGCAAAUGUCUUAAACUCUUGGAGCCAAGAAGAUCAAAAUUUGCAGGAGCUAAUGGCAGCUUUAGCAGCUGUCGGACCUCCCAAUCCUCGCGCAGACCCUGAAUGCUGCAGUAUACUUCAUGGCUUAGUUGCAGCUGUUGAAGCACUUUGCAAAAUUACUGAAUACCAGCAUGAUGCCCGAACCUUACUAAUGGAGAAUGCUGACCGUGUUGGAAACAGAGGACGGAUAAUUUGUAUUACUAAUGCAAAGAGUGAUAGCCAUGUACGAAUGCUCGAAGAGUUUGUCCAGGAAACGAUACAUGAGCAUAACAAGUUAGCAGCUAAUUCGGAUCAUCUUAUGCAGAUCCAGAAAUGUGAGCUGGUCCUAAUUCACACUUACCCUGUUGGUGAGGAAAGCCUUGUGUCAGAUCAUCUUAAAAAAGAGCUCUCUCCUGUCUUAACCAGUGAAGUACAUAGUGUUCGGGCUGGACGGCAUCUGGCCACCAGACUGAACGUUUUAGUACAGCAGCAUUUUGAUCUGGCUUCAACCACUAUAACUAACAUUCCUAUGAAGCCCACAUUCAAUGUCUGUGACCAGGAAGAACAGCAUGCCAAUACAUCUGCCAAUUAUGAUGUGGAGCUGCUUCAUCACAAGGAAGCACAUGUAGACUUCUUAAAAAGUGGUGAUAAUCAUAUGGGUGGUAGUAGUAAAGAGGGCACAUUCAAAGAAACGGUAACUUUAAAAUGGUGUACACCAAGAACGAACAGUGUUGAGAAGGAGCUCAACAGAGCUUCCCAUCACUUCACAAGUCAGCAGCGACAGAGAGAACUGCAUUAUUGCACUGGAGCAUUCAGAAUAUCACCUGUAGAUGUAAAUAGUCGACCUUCUUCUUGCCUUACUAACUUCCUUCUUAAUGGUCGUUCUGUGCUGUUGGAACAACCACGGAAGUCUGGCUCUAAAGUAAUUAGUCAUAUGCUUAGCAGUCACGGAGGAGAGAUAUUCCUGCAUGUGUUAAGCAGCUCCCGAUCCAUUCUGGAAGAUCCUCCUUCAAUUAGUGAAGGAUGUGGUGGUAGAGUCACAGACUACAGGAUUACAGAUUUUGGUGAAUUUAUGCGGGAAAACAGACUUACUCCUUUUCUAGAACCUAGAUACAAAAGUGACGAAAGUCCCGAAAUCCCUUUGGAACGAGCGAAAGACCAACUAGAGAAGCAUACCCGCUACUGGCCCAUGAUUAUCUCACAGACUACCAUAUUCAAUAUGCAAGCGGUAGUCCCAUUAGCCAGUGUUAUUGUGAAAGAAGCGUUGACAGAUGAAGAUGUGCUAAACUGUCAAAAAACAAUAUAUAAUUUAGUAGACAUGGAAAGGAAAAAUGAUCCAUUGCCAAUAUCAACAGUUGGAACGAGAGGAAAGGGUCCUAAAAGAGAUGAACAGUACAGGAUUAUGUGGAAUGAACUGGAGACCCUUGUUAGAGCACACAUAGCCAACUCAGAUAAACAUCAGCGUGUCUUGGAGUGUCUUUUGGCUUGCAGAAGCAAACCUCCUGAAGAAGAGGAGCGCAAGAAACGAGGGAGGAAGAGAGAAGAAAAAGAGGAUAAGUCAGAGAAAACAGGAAAAGACUAUGAACCAGAAAAAUCAUGGCAGGAAUCCGAAAGACUAAAAGGUUUAUUGGAUCGUGAAAAAGAGGAACUCGCUGAAGCAGAAGUAAUAAAAGAUUCACCUGAUUCUCCUGAGCCACCCAACAAAAAACCCCUUGUUACAAUGGAUGAAAUUCCAACCAUUGAAAAAAACAAAGGCCCAAUAUCUCUGCUAUCUUUAUGGAGCAACAGAAUUAACACUGCAAAUUCUAGGAAACAUCAAGAAUUUAUCGGUCGCUUGAACUCUGUGAACAAUAAAGCAGAACUGUAUCAACACCUUAAAGAGGAGAAUGGAAUGGAAACGACAGAAAAUGGGAAAGCCAGCCGACAGUGAACACUGAACCUUGAGAACUAUAUUUGGUCAUGUUGCAUAAACCUUUUUAUGCUUCAUUUGAUACCUGUAUCAAAUUGUAUAGUUCAGUUGCUUUGAUUGGUUUUUACGGUUUUCUAAUUUUAGCCCUUUUCUAUGAAAAUGCAAAAAUCUGAAUAUUACAUAAAAAGUGUAAAUCAUUUGCCCCAAAUCCGUUUUUACUCUAGGAUCAAAUAAAGGAAGACAUUUUAUUUCAAA